AUGUCGAAGUGGUUGCUUAAGGCGGAAAAUAAGGUACCCAGGAGCUCAAUCACAAAGCACCUAGUGGACACGGGCCAUACGGUGGACCCAAUGGUUGCAUUCAAGGUCCUGUUUCGGGCGACGACCGGGCGUCUCUUGCGCUUUGCAGAGGCCGCUGCAAUACGGAGGAGGAAACCAGAACUCUGUAAGCAGUUGGACCACGUGAUAAACCUGGCACUACCAUGGUAAUUAUCGAUUAUGGACGAAACCCUGUUCCCAUGUACGCCCUCUCAUUUCGCCCCCACUCGCCUCCCUCUCCCCGGCAUGACUGAAUGCUCCCCGCAUGUUGCACUCUAAAUCACGCCGCACAAGUUCUCUCAUACUUGGACGACUUCUCUCCCCCUCCCCCUCCCCCCUCGCCAUAUGCACCAGCGUACUAGAUCCAUGUUUUAGGUUACCUAUCACGUUUUAUCUCUCUAGGUCGAUCGUUGAUUGAACAGUUUGCCUUGUCAUAUAACUAUGCAAUGACCGUGUGCAGCUGAAUGAGAGGUCUCGAAAUUUAUGACGUCAGUAAAUUCUGCAUGCUUUGUCGCCUUUGCCUUGUUCAAAUACAGUAAGGACACCUAACGUGACAACAACAACAAAGUGUCAACGAUCAAAGAAGGAUUCGUCUUCUUGGGGGUUAGAAGAAAGAGACAGGCAUACCAGCAGGACGAAGGAAUCGGCGGAGGUCCAAGUAUUCCUUUGGAUUUUUGAGUAGAUUGCGCUUUCGUACCACGUAGGGGUUACCGAUCUGAUUUAACUUCCUAUCCGGUCUUUCAGAUUUGUGGCCAAGUCCGAUCAAACGACCUAGCUGAGUGCCAAACAGAAUAGGAAAGUCAACUGGUGACUGUCAAGUCGCUCGUCUUCCGAAGCAAACUUUUGUCCGUCCCGAUUCAUUCAAACAAGGGUCAGAACGGAAAAGAAUACCAGGGAGUUGAAAAUCAUAAUAUAUAACAUCCAACAAGUUGACCCGGUGCGCUUGGACGUAGGCAUCCUUCGGCAGCUUUUUGACCGUUGGGAUGAAAGUUCUGUUGUCUGAGUGGCGUACUUGAGCAUUUCCUGUAUCAUAAGGUCCCACCGAGUCCUCCGACGGGCUGAAGUACAGUGCUUGACUGAUCUCAUGAAAUGUUGACCGAAAUUCCGGAGUGCGUUUUCAAUUAGGAAGAAUUACCUAGGUGGGGUUGUAAUAUUAAUUAUAAUGCGACAUAAUCCCAUGGUAUUUCAGACUCUCCAGGGUGUCGGCUCUUUAAUGCACUUCUGUUUGAUCUCUUGCAGAAACUAUACUUGGUAAAAUGGUUACUUAAGUAGCAUGCAUUUUUGCACUGAUUUUCAGUGGCCUUAUAAAUUUAAAUGUUUUUUUUUUAUAGAAAACAUGCAAACAUAUGCUUUGUUUUACUCAUUUAGUAGAAAAUCGCCUUGUCUUCAUAUCUAAUACCCGAAGAAAGUGUAUAUUUAGGUUUUAAAAAAAGUUUCCCCAAUUCCCAAAUAAUUUUGAGCCCGAUCUGACAACGCACUAACCUUUAGCGAUUUAAGUCUACAAGGUAAAUGAGUAAAAUAAAACAUAUUUUUGUGCAUGUGCUCUAUAAAAUAUAUUCUCAUAAGACCACUGAAAAUCAAUGUGAGGAAUGCAUGCUACUUAAGUAGUCAUUUUUACGGAGUGCGGUUCCUGCGGGAGGUCAAAACGGAGUUUAUUCAAGAGCCGACAUCCUGAGGAGUCCGAUAUACUGUAGCAUUGUGCCGCAUGUAAUCAGUUUUACAACCCCACCUAUGUAAUCCUUCCUAAUCGAAAACGCAUUUCAGAAUGUCAGCCAACAUUUCAUGAGAUCGGUCACGCACCGUAUGCGCUGACAAUGGGAAACUAUUCACUGGACUCGUUAAAUUUACGCUUAAAUAGACAGAAAUGGUCGUCCAGUUAAUUACUGGGGAAAUGAAUUCGCGCUCGGCAACAUACUGGCUUUUAAGUGAAAAUGUCUCCAGGCUCUCUGUGAAAAACAACAAAUAACCAUUGUAGAUAUUUUGGCAGAUUUUAAAUAAUUCACAUUGACCCAACUGUGAAAACUCGGCGCCUCAGUGGGAUUUGAACCCACAACAGUAAGGGGGAAGGCUUUAGUACAGCCAACGCUCUAACCCCUUGAGCUACGAGGCCCCGCCGGACGACGCGAGUUUAAUCACAUUUGGGUCAAGUUACCCGCCAAACCUACUGCAACGUCUGGAAUCCACCAAAUCUGAUACAGUAAGUUGAUUGCCCAAGCAGGAUUUCCUAAGUAAUUCACCUAGAAUCCACCAGAUGACUACUAGGCUCACGUAAUUCAUAGAUAUUUUGGCAGAUUUAGAAUAAUUCAUAUUUUCUCAACUGUGAAAAACUCGGCGCCUCGGUGGGAUUCGAACCCACAACAGUAAGGGGAAGGCCUUAGUACAGCCAACGCUCUAACCACCACCGGACGACGCGAGUUUAGGCACAUUGUGUGCCUUUUCCACGCAUAUCCAUCAUUUGCCUAAAUUAAACAAUUUCUGAAAUUGGGACACCUUCUCCUGACUCUCGAGAUGAUUUCAUUUUUAAACAUUUCGAAUUUUGACCUGUGUUUCGCUAUGUGCAGGGAUGUAAGGGUGUCCAGUUGUGGGUCCACGUGAUGGUCGUAGUAGGUUGCUCACUUGCUUGCAGGCGUUGUCUACGCCUAGCGUCCGUUAACUGGCACCCACUCUCCCCAAAGCUGGGCUCUGUCUAGAGACCGCACCUCUGUAACUGCUUCAACCAGCGGGCUAAACCGGGUGAGGGUGUCCUUGUUUGCAUUUCCGAGCGCAGUAACUCGCCUCCGCUCCCACUACCGUUGGCCGAACGAAUUACUGCCUCGACACGCCCAGAUGAGGCUCCACCUGCAAUCCCGCGGGAGGCCACAAGCACUCAGCAAACUGCCAAUAGAAGCGAAGAGACGAGUCCCAGGAGGCAGUCGUGAAGAAGGAGACACGAUCGCUGGGACAAGAGCUUUAUUAGCCUGAAGUUCCGGAUUCCUGCCCAAACCCAUCAUCAGAGACAAAAGCCGAUAUGGGUGGUUCAUGCACAAGGGGCUGCAGUAUUUAUAAGAUGCAGUAGCCACGCUACCGCAUACCUAUGAGUAAUCACGGCUCGCCCCUUCAUCAGGGAUCGUUGCACGUGGUGUGGUGGCCGAUCUUCGCGUCGUUAAUUGCUGCAAUUUCAUCACGUGCGUUGGAUGUUGGUGUGAUGAUUGGUGGACCAUCUGAUCCACCGACCCUGGUGUUGGGAACAGUGUUCACCUAUGCGCUCCCCGCGUGGCCGGUCCCUCCGCCUAGGCGAAGUCUCAGCACCGAGUAUGGAAUGGGGAGAUCAUUGCAUUUGUUAAUGGACUGGGGCCAAUGAACCAUGACUCAAGCAGCUCCCGGCUCACGCGGUUGUCACCCCUAGCGACAAAUCCAGCAUAUGUUUUCGCACACACCCCGUCGCGUUGCAGCAAUAAACCGUGGCCAGCUAGUUGCCAGACGUCAAAUUUGACGAGGCGGAGUAGUUGGCCACGCGGGGGGCGCACAGGUGAGUACUUUUCCCAACACCAGGGUCAGCGCGUCAGAUGGUCCAGCAGCCAUUACACCAACAUCCAACGCACGUGAUGAAAUUGCAGCAAUUAACUACGCGAAUGUCGGCCAUCAAACAGUCAUCACGCCAAGUGCAACGAUCCCUUGUGAAGGGGGAGCCGUGAAUAUUCACAGGAAUGCGCUAGCAUGGCUACUGCAUUCUAUAAAUACUGCAGCCCCUUAUGCAUGAGCCACCCGUAUCUGCUUUUGUAUCUGAUGAUCUGUUCGAGCAGGAAUCCGAAACGUCAGGCUAAUAAAGCUCUUGUCCCAGCGAUCGUAUCUCCCCCCUCAACUCAGCGAACUCCCGACUUAGCGAAUGGGAGACUGGCCUUUUACUUCUUCGCACAUAUUCUCUGACCUUCCCCUCCGCCUCUCACUCUCUCUACUUUCUACUCUACUCCCUUAACACAGGGUCGAAAGUCCCAGGGAUCACUGAAUUGACACUUCCAAGACAAAGCUUCGUCCACAACCCCGCAGCAGGAGGCCACAAGGUAAAUGACCCCCCAGGUAGGCCGAAUAUUUAACUGUUGUAUUUGUUUUUGCUUGUUCUUGCUUGCCUAACUUUGUCUGUUUGUGUGUGUUUGCCCUUGUUGUAAGUUAAAUACCGUUCUGCUGAAUUUGUCUGCUUACCGUUUAUAUUUUAGCUAAAAGUUAGCUUAGAGAGGAACGGGAAACUGCGUCCCGUCUUCCUAUCCUUCCCCCAUAUCCCCCCCCACUCCAAAGCCCUGCGGCGAGAGCGACAGCAAUCACGUAGGCGGCUCUGGCUAACUCGGGUCAUUCUCCCACUCAACAAAGUCGUGGCCCAUGAUGGAGUCCGGAAGCCGUCUGAGACGAGUGAGCAACCCCACUUAGGGACAACACUGCACACCCCCACGAGGGGGGGGGGAAGGGGAUAGAAACAAAUGCUGCGAUCACGUUGUCUGCGCGAUGACCGUGGCCAGCAGAUUCAAAACACACGGUCGAAACAAUCAAAAUAGAAACCAUACCUACUCUUUCCCCCCUCUUCCUCCUCCCCAUUGCCCCGCUCACCAGACUUGUAGGAUGAGUCCGAUCACUCCAACAGCCUGGAAUAUUCGUUCCCUUUUAGACAAUCCGAGGAGCAACCGACCGGAACGGGGAACGGCGCUAGAUACUCGGGAACCGGCGCGCUACAGGGUGGACAUCGCCGCACUCAGCGAGACUCGAUUAUCCGAACAAAGUCAGCUGGAGAGGUGGGUGCCGGCUACACCUUCUUCUGGAGUGGUCGUCCCAGGCCAGAGCGACAAGACGCGGGUGUCGCCUUCGCCAUCCGGAACGACAUCGUGGGACGACUGCCCUGUUUGCCGGAAGGCAUUAACGAUCGCCUGAUGAGCCUUCGCCUCCCUUUUCUGGGAAGCAAAUUCACCACCAUCGUCUACGCCUUCCCGCCGAUUAUCAGCCUUGAUGCUGCAAGAGACAAAUUCAACGAGGACCUACACGCUCUCCUGGCGACUGUGUCGAAGGCGGACAAGUUGCUUGUACUUGGUGACUCCAACACCUGCGUCAGCACAGACCACGCUGCCUGGAGAUGA